CAUGAGUACAAUGUUUUAUAAAGUGCUAAUUUUUUGUAUUAUUAAUGUUUUUGAUACACUUGGCGAAGAGAAAGACCCUAUCGGGUCCAGUAAAGAGUUGGACUAUACUGUUUUGGCGGGAGAAGCCGAGAUGCAUAAAAGUGACAUAUUACACUUCCUGAACCAAUCGCAUAUCAGGGAACAGUACAAGACGUUGUAUAACCGAUUAUUGUCCAAGUUAAUGGGAGAUACACAAGGCACGCCAACCCGAAGAGCUAUGUCAAUAAGUUCGACUCGGCGCAUCGUGUCGGGGCGCAACACGUCCAUCGCGGCCGUGCCCUGGCAGGUCUCGCUGCGGGAGAAGACCUACCCCAUCUGCGGAGGAUCCGUUGUCACCGAUGUUUGGCUGCUCACCGCUGCGCAUUGUCUACUCAGAGCAAGAGCGAGCGAGCUGAGCGUCCGCCUCGGGUCGUCAUGGAAGACCCACGGCGGCGAGAUGUAUGACGUCAAAGAGUGCUACGUGCACCCGCGCUACGUCAGCAAGACGAAGACUAAUGAUGUCGGCCUGGUGCGCCUGUACUCGCCGCUGCGGUUCUCGUCGCGAGUCCUGCCGAUACGGCUGGUGGCGAGGGAGGCGAGGCUCCCGGCCAACGAGCCGGCUAUCGUCAGCGGGUGGGGGAAACUUAAGGAAGGUGGUCCAAGUGCGACUUACCUGCAGUCUUCCACCAUCAAGACGAUUGCUAUGAAGCUGUGUCGCCGCUCCGGACUGGACCGCAAGGCCAUCGACCCCUCCUCCAUGUUCUGCGCGGGAUCCUUCAGCCAAUCAUCGCCUGAUGCUUGCCAGGGUGACAGCGGGGGCCCAAUAGUGUACGAGGGGGUCCUGAUCGGCGUGGUGUCGUGGGGGCUGGGCUGCGCGCGGGGCAACUUCCCCGGGGUGUACACGCGGCUCUCGUACCCGCUCAUCUACGACUGGGUGCACAGUCACAUCACCAAGAAGAUCGAAAACAAUACCGUCUUGUAGUUGAAAAUAAAUGGACUUUGGAAAACAUUGUGAUUUUUACUUUUAAAGUAUUAUGUUUGCCGAUUUUGCACCUCGUCAAAUUUAAUGAACACCAAUUGUGAUGAGAUUUUUUUUUUAAGCUUAAGGAUAUUUAUGUCAACACCUACAUUAAAUACGCGUUAUAGGCGUUGUGACACAUGG